GAUUGGUGUGUUAUUGGCUGCUGUUCAGUCUGGCGUUUACUCUCAGGACGAUCCUCUCCCUCCCUCAGCUGCGUGUAACCCGACCUGCAGGUGAACAGUUCAGCUGCUGCCUCCCUGCUCUUCCCUCUCACUCUCGGCGGCGGAUCAUCUGUUUCGGUUUUGGAGCAAACGCGUUUUGUUUCCAAAUGAGCGAAAUUCCGUGUAGGAUUUUUUAUUUAUUUACUCGGGACGUGAUCUUUCACCGUGUCUGGCGCACGUGAAGACGAUGGUGAGAGCAGACAGCGGUGUGGAGGUGAAGAAGUUCAUAAAUGUCGUCUGUUAUCAGAUCCGUGUAAUGCUGACAUGUGUACACCCAGUGAGACUGUGACCUGAGAUCUCGCCUAAAGGGAAGACCAGGAUGCAUCCCAUUGCAUCACAGCUUUUAGGCAAGACCGGCGUUGGAGGGCACCAUUGUAACCCAGCUGCUGCAGUCUUGCUGCUGCUUCUGUGUCGUGGCUUCCUUCCCUCUGUGGCUGUUUGCCCACCCUGCUGCCUUUGCACCAGUGAUAUAAUUUCCUGCAGCGGCUGCAAUCUGUCCACACUGCCCUUUGAUUUACCAAGCUAUGCCACACGGCUGGACCUCAGCCACAAUCUUCUCACUGCCCUGCCAACCAAUUGGAUCCCCCAACCGUUUGAUCGACUCAUUACGUUGGUUAUCAACAGAAACUCGAUAAGCAAAAUUGAGGUGAAUGCUUUCAAUGUCACCCCACAUGUGCUGCACCUAGACCUCUCAUCCAACCAAAUGACAGCACUGAACCUGUCCCUUUUCACUGGGUUGAAGGAACUGAAAGAGCUGUUGCUCUUUGACAACCGCAUUGUCCAGAUCUACCCGGGGGCUUUCAGUGGUCUUCACAGCCUGCAAAAACUCUACCUCUCUGGGAAUAGACUGAAGGCUUUUCCCCUUGGACUUUAUUGGGAACCUGGAGGUCCUCACAACCUGACUUUUCUUGAUAUGUCCUAUAACAGACUGUCUAAAGUACCUGUUCAGAGUUUGCUGUCUCUCACCCGCGAAGGUAGAGUUUAUUUGCAGGAAAACCCUUUGGUCUGUGACUGUGCUUUACUUGCCUUGCUUGAGUACUGGAUGUGGAAACAAUAUCGCCCCUUAGUUGACUUCAAAGCUGAAUACCCAUGUAGGGAUGACUCCAUAUCAGGACUGGUCUGCAGCCAACCGGACAUGUUGGACAUGCCCCUUGAGUUGCAGACUUACAAAGAGGAGCCUGGUAAAUGGCUCAGAGUACCAUGUCCAGGCCUGACUUCUUCAGCUGAAGAGGGGCAGGUGGUUUUCUGGGUUACACCAAAGGCUGUAGUCAAUUCAUCAACCAGUGAUCCGAGUGCUCACUUUAUCGUUCUCCCCAAUGGCACACUGGAAAUCAGAGGAGCAGUCAUCGAGGAUUCUGGUACGUAUGGGUGUGUGGCAGCACGUCAGCGACACUAUGACCCCCUUGAGUCUGUGGAGGUUAACGUGGUUGUCGGAAACUUGAGCAGUGCCUCUGCCAGAGGCUUGACAAACCGCAGUGGGACAGAGCAUUUUAACACUGCAUUCACCACCCUCGUUUCCUGUUUUAUCAGCAUCGUAUUGGUGCUGCUUUACUUGUACCUCACCCCAUGUCGGUGCAGAGACAGCCGCGGUGGCACCAGAGGGUGCGGCGGACGAGCCUGGAUUCUCUGUUCAGACCCCAGAGAGGUGGAGUCAGGACACCGGCGGUCAAACGGAAAGAGGGUAGCAUUCUUAGAGCCUCAGGCAGAGGACUCAGAUAUUUGUGCUCCAAAAACACCAGCAAUGAACUUGGGUCAUGUUACUACUGAGGGAAUUCUAAAGAAUGGAAGUAGGACAGUGGGACAGACCCACACAGACCCUGCUCACAUGGCAUAGCAAGAAAUUGACCAUUUACACACUUGUAUAUUCUCAGUCUGUUUUUUUUUUUUUUUACAAUACCUUGCUUUAGUACACACUGAAAUUUGAAUCUAUUUGAUGCAAACUAGUGUACUGUAUGUCUUGUGAAGUGCUUUUGCACUGUAGUUGUGGUUUUUGUAGCAGGAAAUGCAGACCUCGUGUAGGCAGAUUUUCAAUAUUGUCUCAACUACACUUUAGAUCUUUUUUAUAUUACAAAAAUUCCAUGGGAACAAUGGAAUAAUUUUAUUAUCUCAAGAAUGAUAAAUGUGGGAGGAUUUUUAAGUUUUUCUGAGAAGAACGUGUGUGUGUGUAUGUAUAUGUGUAUAUGCGUAUAUAUGUAUGUAUGUGUGUGUAUAUAUAUAUGUGUGUAUACAGACACACACUUGAUUUGAUAAGCAGCUAGAGGCAUUGAUAUGUGGUGUACGGUACAUUUCGCAGAGACCUUUCUUAUUUUAGACAUCUGUCUCUGUCUAGAUUAUCUGAACUCAAAGAUAUGUCGAUCAAAUAUGACCUUGUUAUUUUAUAAAAUAUGUAUAAACUGCCAUCUUAAUCCAAGGGGUUAACAAUUGUAGUAUUGAACCAUUUCACAAAUACAGCCAGUUCUUAUUUUCUCAUUUUUAGACUUUGAACAAUAAUGCGACGGUUUACUGUCAUUUUUAUGACCAGGUGUGGCCUGUUGUACCAAGUGCAAAGCUGUUAAUGGAAACCUUUAUGUGGCUCAAAGAAGUGCAAGUGAAAAUAGAUUGGAGGAUAAAUUUGAUAUGCUUAACUCACAAGGUCAAAAACACGUUCUUGCCUGCUUUUAUAAACCAUAUGAAACAGUUUUCAUAGGCAUAUAUGGCUACAAGUAGAACUGGCUACGGUGGUGUUGUCCCCUGUCACGGCAUGGAAGGUGUUUUCACCGUUGUGUGGGUGUGUGUGUCGUAAAUCACACGAGCUGUAGCAGGAAUGACUGUUUAAGCAAGUCAUCAAACCAAAGCCAGAGGUCAACGAUACUGUAGCUGUGGUCUGAGCAAGAAGUGUAGAAAAUAGAGAGGACGCUAUCCAGGAGCUUGUCAACACAAAGGAAUGAAUUAUGCAUGUCAGCCUGGCUUCAGCCUAAACAAACAAGAAAUCACAGCCAACCACAACCAGGUUUGCAGCCAUUGAAGCCUGACAAAGUAGAAUUAUGUCUGAUUAAGUGAGGCUAUUUUUUUUUUGCUUUUCAGUGUAAAUAAUCACAAAAUGAUAACAACUCCACAGUUGCAAAGUUACAUUGAUCAUCAUUCUGUUUAUUAAGAAUGACUGUUACGUGACGGGGGUGUCAUAUUGUCGUUGAAUAAUGUUUACAAUGUGAGAUCACAUCCACAAUUCCAUUUAGCUUCAUUUUAUUGCCGUAUUACAAGAUAUGACAGAGGAGAAAAGUUACUGGUUGUAAUUCGUGUAGACUGUCGCAGUCAAAUGAACGAGCAUGAAAUCUUUACUUGCCAAAUACCAGCUUAAAGCUGAAGUAUGGACUGUUUAACUGUCAUAAUUUGAUCACUAUAUAUAUAAAUAGUGAUAAUGUCAUUUAAGACACUGGCUGUUCAACACAUUAGACACUUUGUUCCCUUUUCCUUUAGUUAAAAUGGGACUCGGGGCCCACAGCUUUAUAAAUGACAGAUUUGUGGAGGAAUUGAUCCUCAUCACUUCAGACAGGAGUGUUCAGGCUCGGUGAUGAAGCCACAGUCAGGCCAGAUCAGCAUCACAGUAAUCAGGAGUUUUGUCACUCCACUCCAAGCCCACCAUGACCUACAUUCCUUUGUCCUUUGUCUGUUUGUAUAGGUGUCGAGCCAUUUCUAAGGUGCCAGGAGGCUUGUUAUAUAUGUAUAUAUUUUGUUUUUGGCUGUACUCGUACAGAUUGUCUGAAUAUCAACUUCUCUAUAUGUAUAUACAGUAUUUAUUUUGUUCUUGUACACAUUGUCAAUUUUUUGAUGACUACAGUGAUUGAUAUUUGUAGCUAUGAAAUAAAAUGUUUCAGUGA